AUGGCAACAUCAAAUCCAUCUAAUUCACCACAACAACAAGAUGAUUCAUCGGAAAAAAUUGCUCAACAAUUUCUUUCGACUGCUGAUGAUUAUUUUCGUUCAGAGAUUAAAUUGGUGACAAGUGAUUAUGAUUGUUUGAGUCAAAUGAAUACUGCUGCAUUAGAUAAAUACAAUCAAAUGCGUCGAAAAUUAGAACAUGUUAAUAAUUCAGUUCGAACAAUGAAUGAUACAAAUUCUACAAAAAUGUUAUCAACUCAUACACAAUUAAAUGAAAUUGAAGAUGCUAUGUCUAAUUUAGAAUCAACUAUAAUGCAUUUAGAUGCAUAUUCACGUUCACUUGAAACUCAAGUGAAAAAAUUUGAAAAAACAUUUUUAACAACACGAACUACAUCACCAAUAAAAGAUUCAUAA